AUGGUGUUUUUUACGUUCUUCAGUGGGAUUUUUACUCGGGUUAUAUUUCUUGUUCAUGGCUUGGUUAGCGUCUAUCUAAUCGUGCGAAGCAAAGGGGAAUCAAAGUAUUGGUGGUUAUGUACUGGAUUGUUCUUACUUCUGAUAGAAUCCUUCUACACAAUCGUCAUUCGGAGAGGCAAGGAAUAUAAAUAGUAAGUCAUCAGAACUUUAUAUGCCAGCUAAAAACACGAAUCGUUCCCCCCGCAUUUUUGGGCAAGUUUAAUUCGAAUGAUAGUCAUGUUUGCUUUUUAUCCCCCCCAAAACAAGCCAGAUAUAAUCUUGACAAACGCGGAAUAUGAUCGAGGGUUAUAAAGAGUUCAAUAGACGUUGAGCUGAGUCGAGGAAUUUGACAAGAUAAUGCAUGCAUUAAGUAAGCAACGCGAUCUGUCCGAUUUUUCAAAUGGUAGAGCUACACAACUGGUGGAGUUUGAGCUACACAAAGAACCUCUUUUUGCUUCGUUACGAGGAUCUUUGAUGUAUAAUAGCGCGAACAAUUUUUGGAUUUUAGAAAAGUAAUUUGCUCCCUGUUGAUCAAAAGGUCAUUAUAACGCAAUAUUUAAUAACCCAGCUUUCGAAAGCGACAACAGAGAGUGAGAUCAUAAUUAUUAGUCAAUUAGCUAAAACGGUAUGUUUUGCUUUCACGGGACAUUCGAUUUGAUGAAACUUUUCAUCAUAUUGAACAUUCAGUUUAAGUGGCUUAAGUUUUUUUCUAUAUAUUUCGAGUUUGGCGAAUGUUGAUAACUACUUGCUAAUUGAAACAAGAAUUGCAAUAUAUAAUAACGAAGGGAAGUGGUAGCUAAGUGGUGCAAAGCUGAAUUGUGUUAAAACCGUAUUAAAAUAAAAAUGAAAGUAUGGUAUAUAGUUGCAGAAUAAUCAAAUGGCACAUCAUCAAGUUUUAGUUAACUUGUAGUGGCCGUUUAUGCAUAAAGAGGACGCGAAAUUUCAAACAAUUUUCAACGUUUUAUCGUACUGAAAGUCAGAAAAGCUCUCCCGUACAAGCAGCUUAGUGAAACACUUUCACUAACCAUCACUAAACAGUGAUUUGACAUUGCCUUAUUGGCGAUAGAAAAACAGAUAGUUAUGCAGUCCGGGGCACCCAACGGCAAUUUUCGGAAAAUAUCUGUUCGGAGGACGAUUUGAGAUCUAGAAUUUUCGGAACAUUUGUUGUAAAAUUUCUUGCUUGCCUACCUCUCCUAGGAUUUUCGAACAUCUACAAAAUGGUAUAAUUACCCAUUUUUGACGGAUUUUUACCCUAAAAAAGGCCAGCUAGAAAUUUCGGGAGCCUUUUCCUGGCUGAAAUUUUCGAAAAGGUAAGUUUUGAUCCCUAUAAUUUUCGGAUCACUAGACUUUCAGCUAGGAAAUCCGAGCAGAUGAAAAGUUUUUAGGGGAUAAAAAUAUGCCUAUAUCUACUGUUUAAAUACUAAAAUACGUUCAACAAUGCUAUGUUAAGUGGUUUUGAACUAUAUCCUCGUUGAGUGCCCCUGAUGCAGUGCUCUUGAACAAUAUUACAAGAGGAAACGGUUUCAAAGGACUCUAUUCGUGGAACUGGCCAAUAUAUGAACACUGAUAAUUUCGUGUCUGCCGCUGCCGACAAGAAGGAACUUCAGAUGAGGUUGAGACGUUAGUGUUUGGAAUGGCCCGAGUCUGAUGUCACAGCAAAAAAGCCAAAACAGUACUAACCUAAAAGCCGGAAUCCUUACUACUUUAUGUUUCGUUGUCUUUUACAUAUACAUGGCUGAGUAUUUCUUAUCUCAUCUGUUGUAAACAUUUUAAGAGAGUUGAGAUGAUGCACUUGUCUCUUUAAGUAGCGGAAGGAACAAUGUGCGCGCGUGCGAGUAAAGGCUGUCGUGCAGAAGAACGAAGCUGCUUUAGUUGGAAGAUCAAGUGCGACUUGCCGCGGCGUUUCAAGAAAUUCGUCUCUUCAGAACCAUUAGCCUUAUCAUAAGGCUAGUUAUUUGCUUUAAUCAGUAGGGAAAAUGAAGAUCGGCUAGCUGUAUGAAUAAGACAAGUGCAAAGACAAAUUGUAAACAAUUACCUUAGGUCUAUGGGAACGGUGAUUUCUACUUUUGUGCAUGAAACAGCUGUUUGGUUUGAGUCUUUGUGUGGGUAUUUCCGACAAAAUGGAAGUUGCGGCGAUCGCUAUCGAUGAACGACGAUCUUAGAUCGCCUAUAGAGAUAGAACCUACGAUUAAGAUAUGGUAGGAUUGCCAUUCUUAUCAAGACUGACAAGGUUAGUCGUGCGAUAACAACAUAGAAAUCCACCCAAAAGUACAGUGCACUAGAAGAGGCCAUGCAUGGCUCAAUGAUCCGGAUGAAGCCACUUCUUGCUUAAAUUUCAGCUCAGCUUUGACCAAACAAUAUGGAAUAGCCCCUUUAAGAACCUGUUUCAUAUCCGUCGACUGAUCGUUCUCGCGUGGACACGCAUUAACCGCCGCACAGGUUCUUGCGUUAAUUAACUCUCUUAAUAUAGGGACAUUGUAGCUUAGCUUUUGGUUGAAAAUGUUUCGCAAUCGAACAAGUAAGUGCGCUGUUAGUUUCGUUUUCUAGCACUAUUCUGAAAUUUCUUAGCCCGCGAGAAAGCCCUCCAUUUCGAUUGGCAAGCUAAGGACGCUUAGCGAGCCGCUAAAGAACGCGCAAGCAAGCGUCAAAGCCUCGAGGGGCAGAGGACGGACCAGGAUUCUUUCCACAAAAUCUCUUGGAGAUGGAGAACUUCAACUUCAACUCUGAAAAAUAAAAAAAAGCGGUUACUUCCAAAAACUAACCUAAGUAAAUCAAGGGAAAAGCGCUCUGGGGACGAGGAUGCGGUGUUUUGGUUAAGUGUUAAAUAUAACAAGUGGCUAUAACUUUGUAGUAGUUUGCUUAGUUUUUUAAAAUUUCUCUCGUUUGGUCGCAGUUAAGCAGUGGCCGCAGUAUACGCUUUAUGUGAGUUCUAAGACACCUGCGCGUGUUGAGGUCACCCACUUUUUACGACAAUUGCGGCGCCAUCUUUAAUAAGUAGGUAACAUUCGUUCCCUUUAUUCAGUAUUUGGCCUGGAAGUCUCCUCUACAUGUCGACUGUGUUACCAGUUAUCUGGGUGGCGGAACUAAAAAUCCUCAAUGAGAAGAUCGCAAAAGGAGCAGAUGACUGCACAUUUGAAGCGGAAAAAAGUAUUUCCGUCAGUGGGCUGGUAAGUAACCGAAAACCGGUCAGUAUAAAACGAGGACUGCGGACUGCGGACUGGGUAUAAAAAACGGACUAGGUAUAAAAUGCGGACUAGAAACUGCGAAUUAAUUAUAAAACACUGACUAGGUAAAAAACGUGGACUACGGACUGUGUAUACCUAGUCCGUGUUUUAUACUCAGUCCGUAGUUUCCAGUCUGCAUUUCAUACCUAGUCCCUUUUGUACACCCAGUCCGUGUUUUACACUGAGAGGACCGAAAACAUUUAUUAAAUAAGUGAGUUAAGUAUGAUCGCCCGGGUGAACGUAGUCCUGAAUAGGACUGUUGUUGUUGACGGUGACUGACGUAGUGCGCAAGGCACGCUGGGAAGAGAGGAGAAGCGGACGCGCCGGCCUGCGUAGUUCAUGUUAUUCUUAUGCGCGAGGUACGUUCUUUACGCGCUGGGUAUUUUCUUGCCGCCAAAACGUCUCGCGGUUCCGCCUCCAAUAAAAACAACAGCACUCGCCCGCUAAUCCCGGCAGCAACGAAGGCUGCGGACGCGUCGCCGAACUCGUACCCUGUGAUCAGGUUGACGUGCUGCCUAACUUUCUUUGGUUGACCCUUGCCAUGACCCCUUGCGUUAAUCUUUAACCUUACCAUUCUUCCUUUACGCGUAUAGGCGCCUGAGGACCGUAAUUUUGCUGUGAUUGGUCGGAAGACUUGAGAACUGUGCGAUAAAAUGGACAUAUUAUUUAUAUUUCAUCAGGUGACAAUCACAAUCGAUACUGGACAAUUAGCACAGAAGUGGUCCAAACUUGGUCUUAUAUUGCUGAUUAUUGUGGGUCGCUGGCUACUACCAAGAGGAGAAUUAACACGUGACCAGCUAUCCACGCUGCUUUUAGUCUACGUAGCGAAUGCUGCUGACAUCAUGGGUGAGCAGAGCUAGUUUUUAUUUUAAUUUUUUUUUUUCAUUCUCUUCCCUUGCCCCUUCUUAUCAGUAAUACCUCGGUCGCUCAGUUGUAAAGGUACAACCAGUUAUUGUGAGAUGUUAUGGACUCGUCUCUAACUUCGUUAGCUGAAUUGCCCGAUAUGACGAAUAUCAUUUACAUUUGUGAUUUUUAGGCCCUGUUCACACUAUCAUCGAAAACGUAUCGAUCGAUUCGCGUCCACAUUACCGCUUGAUGCGUUUUCCACUGGCUACACUAAAACAUUCGAAAACGAUAGAAUUGCAGGUUGUGAUGUAAGUUGAACUCUAUGCGCAAGCCCACGUGAUACAUAUGACGUUAUCGUUUUCAUUUUGAUGCGUUUUCGACCUUUUUGGACCUUCCACUCUAAUACGAUAUGUAUGCGUUUUCGUUUUGAUCCACUUUCAAGGGCGUUUUCAAAUCGAUGCUUUUUCUAUGAAAACGCUCAGCGUAUAAGUGUGAACGGAAGGGCUAAAUGUAUCGAAAUGUAUGCGUUUUCAAAAGAAUGAGGACCUUAAGCAACUACGACAACGACAGCAGUGAAAAGAUCACUAAAAAAAAAUGAAUUUGCGUCCUUUCAAACUUUAUUGCAUCUAUUGGGAACCGCUCGAUUCGUCAAAUGUAGGCGACUUUUCCUGGAGUUGGAUUUAUAAGCAGGCGCGGAUCCACAUCGGUUUCCACCGUUUCACGAAAAUCGGUCAGAUUUUUCAUAAAUAAAUAUUUUUUAAUGAGAAAACUCUCCAACUUAAAAUCUGGCCAAUAUCCUGCCUGAAUGACUCAGAAACCUAAAGGAAAGGAGACUUAAGGUAUUUAAAAUCCAAAAAAAUUUAAGGGGGUGCAUGCCCUUGGAUCCCCCUAGAAACUUGCACCUUCGGCGCUCAGGUAAGAAAUCGGUCAGUAUUUAUCCUAGAUCCGCGCCUGAAAAGGGCUUUAUCCAUGUUCAAAUAGAGAUAGAAAAAUUUGUCGCCGUAUAUCCACGCCCUCUAUAAAACGUCGCAUUGGGAGGUUUCACGUCGUGCUGUUGUUUUGGUCAUAAAACUAAUUGUUGUUUGACGUUGUUGUAGUCGUUGUCGUUGUCGUAGCUGCUUAAGGUCCCUAAUACGCAUUAGUGUGGACAUGGCCUUUGAAUCAAGCACUCUUCUUAAACUUCCUUAAAGAUCUCGCUCUGGAAUAGUUUUAACAAAGUAACGCUUGUUUUCAUAUCUUUUCCAAAUACAAAAAAACUGUGUAAUAGUGUCGUAUUUAGUUAUCACGUGGUGAAAUAGUGAAAAACUCUUGUUUUAAUAUCUCUCCCGCACCCAAAACGUAUUGUUUGAAAAUAUUUGUGUGUGUUCUAGCACAUGCAGGUCCUUCCUUAUAGUUCUCGAUCUAAGGCGAGCCUCUUGACCGCUAGGUAAGGGCUGCCAUUCUUUACUCUAUCCAACAUUCCCACUCGAGGUCUUCCUGCUGGUCUCUUUCCUAUUAUUCUUCCCUCAAUAACUAACGGGACAAAUAAGAUCACCAUGCCGUGGGGUAUGACCAAGCUUGACUCUCUGUCAUCUGUUUAACAGUGCCGUAUUUAAUUGCCGUCUUUGUUAAUUCACAUUUCAGAACUCUUUGAAGUAUUCGACAAGGAGCCGAGACUGUGGUGUAAACAGGGCGUUGCUAUCGCCGUCCUGGCCACCUACACGUGGUCUUUUCUACAGUUUGCACUCGUUUUUACAGCCACUGCUGAAACUGUUCCAGACAACAAAGACGAGAAGAAGGUGAGCUUGACGUCUCCUAUGUAGACUACGAGUAGUCCCCAUUUUUCCUCAGGGAUAGUAGAACCAGCGAAACGCGAACGCGCGGGAAAAUCACCCCACGCGAGAAAGGCGAGACGCCGCUUAAUGCAUGUUUGACUGUUGACUUUGUUGCAUUCGCUCAGAGUUCACUGACUUUAGGUCUUAUUUUGCCCUAAAUCGGAUUAAACCCUUGAAUUACUCGGACUAAUAAAUAUCACUACCAUUUGUCAGCUUCUAAAAACUGACAAAAACGUUGUUCCUGUUUUAGCUAUCCUUGACCUGAAAAAUGUUUUAUUUACAUUUGCAGGAGCCUUUUUCCGAGAUUAAAAGAACAGAAGAAGCACAAAAAGGCGGAACUAAGCUGCCAAAUUACAUCAAAAAACUUAUUAAACAAAAAGCUGAAAAGCAAAAAGCCGAACUUGCUGAAAUCGAGAAAAACACGGACUUGCGUGCCGCGAUCGAUCAAAUGAAACAGCUAAAAGCGUACAAAGCUCGUGGAAGACAAGCAAGAAUGUCAAUACACGACGCCGCGUUUGAGGUAGUACAGGUGCAACGAGAGGUGAGGAGAGAAGAGGAGAUACUGGAAAACCACAUUAAAGAGAAACAAAAGCUUAAACUUCACGGAGACUUGUAUUCAAUAUUGACUUUAAUGUUGAUGCAAGAUGGACCGUUUCUUAUAGUGCGACUUGUUUUGAUCAUUGCUUACGGUGUCAACGCCACUCUGCAUAUUUUCUUUACCGGCAAAAACGCAAUGGCACUUGCUUUACUAAUCUACAGAUUGGUGAUUCUGAUCACGGAAUAUCAGGACGAUGAGGAUGAAGACAAGGACAAAGAUUUCUACGAAUUCUGAAGUUAAACAGCUGAAAAUCUUAUGCUGUUUGCGUUAAAGUAUAUCGGAAUGUCCCUCGGCUGUUUUUGGAAGAGGCUACCACUUGUUCGCUCCAUGUAAGGACAUCCAAGACAGUCUUGGAACCGAGUGGAGAAGGCGCGCGGCACGCUGUCGAUUCCGGCGGAUUCCAGGUACUGCAAUACGGACGUUGUCGUUGGAAUUUGGAUUCCGGAUCCCAAUCGUUAAUGGUUCCAGAUUUUUUUAAACUGUAUUCCGGAUUCCAUAGCCCAGGAUUCCAGGUUCCAUAAGCACAUAUUCCUCAACUUCCGGGAACUUGUCUGGAUUCCCUUACAUGGGGAUAAGAGUAACGAAGUUCUCAAAGUUGACGUAAUUUUAUUCACGGUCGUUUAAGACCCGAAAAAAGUUUAUUCGGAUCAUUGUGACAAAAAAAAGUAAGUUAAUAGAGAAAAUGCCACACUGUACGGUUGGAACCAUGUGUUUUUGUAUAUUUGUAUAUAGUCGUUUAUACAAUUUUUCCCAAGGAAGAUAACUGCAGUACCUCAUUUUAUGUUAAAUUUAAACACAUAUGGAAGCAUAGCAUUCAAACCAAAGCAGAAUCAAACCGAGACACUUUCGUUUUGUUUUCAUGGUAACACCGCUGCCUGAUUCGACAAAAAGAAAAAAUAUUGACAUGCCACCUCACAAGAAGUGACUGAUUUGUACUGUUGUAUAGUUUGUAAUAAUGAUCGCACUUUGUAAUGCCUGUCGCAAUUUGUAAAAAAUCGUGUUACACUUUGUAACAUAAAAGCUGUCACAAUUUGUAAUAACUGCCCAUCGCUUUUUGUAAUAGACUAAAAUGUCGCAAUUUGUAACUGAUAAUUACAAAUUACGAAAGCUUUUUUAAUACGAAGUGCAACAUGGUUUAUUUCAAGAGUCUUACAAAUUGCUAAAGGUUAUUACAAGGUGCAAUGAUUAUUACAAAUUGCGACAGUAUAGUUUAACUUUUCGUGUAAGCAAGAAAAGCUAUCCAGCAGAGUGUAGACAUUGUUGUACUGUCACAUUUAUAGGCUAUCUGAACUGAUAAAGUUUUAUCGCGUAUUUAUUUUCUUAUUUAGAUUAUACCUUCCAGCCCU